CCGCAUCGCCCUGCGGCCCAGCCCGUCGCUCUUCCGCCGCAGCGGCCUCAGGUUGGCAUUGAGCGCCUGCCUGCGCGCAACGUCAAUUCGGAGCCUCGCGAGUCGAUGAAUUGCAAGUCGUGCCGGAAGCGAAAGAUCAAGUGUAAUCGUCUUCGCCCAUCUUGCGAAGCGUGUCUGGUGUUUCAAUGCCCGUGUGUAUACGAUGCCGUGCCCAAGAAGCGAGGGCCAAAGACUGAUGUCUUGGAGGCUCUCCUGAAGAGAGUGGACGGGUUGGAAGCCAAGCUGAAGGAGAAGAACGCCGAGAGCGAACAACCAUCUUCGUCAGAAUCGACGACGCAAGAGCCCCAAGCAGCGGAAUCAGCGACAAAGAGGCAGCCAGCCGAGCGAGAUGCUGCAGAACCUGUUGCUAAGCGACGGGCGACCGAGGACAAGACGACGACGACAACGACUCCUAAUAAUACUAAUCACGACAAUAGAGACCCCGCCACACCCUCCGUACAGACAGAUGCUCUUCUUGACACCUAUUUCAACCGCUUCCACAACAAGCCUUUCCACAUCGUGGAUGAAACGCUCAUCCGGAAACGCAUCCAGCUCAAUCAGCUCCCGCCCUUUCUGUUCAACGCCAUUGCUGCCGUUGCCGCUAGGCAUACGCCACAUCCCAAUGGGUUUCGGGCAGCCGUCAAACUGGGCGAUGACUACGCCUCUCGCGCUAGGAGCGCCAUCGACAUUGAUGAGCCUUCCAUUGACAAUCUCCAAGCAAUUGUCUUGUUGGCGAUUGCAUAUACCGCCUCUGGAAAGGGGAGGAAGGCCUUUAUGCUAAUCACCAAUGCUAUUGGCAUGAUCAUGGCGCUCGAGCUACAUCGGGAGAUGGACCCGCAGGCACAAAUUACACCCUUGGAGCGAGAAACUCGAAGGCAGCUCUUCUGGUCAUGCUACCUAUUAGACCGCUUCUCAGCCUCUGGUUCUAAGCGUCCAUCGCUCAUCGGCGACGACUGUAUUGCUCUCAGACUUCCCUCAUGGUCUCCAGUGGUCUCUGGAAUGCCCGUGGACGGCGAUUUCUUCCUUUGCGGAUCCAACCUGCAGUAUUUCCAGGGCAGCGGCAAAAAGUCCCAGGGCACUUCGGGCAUGCUCAUUGACAUAACGCGCAUCCUAGGUGUAACGAAUCGAUACCUUGCAGCCGGAGGUGUCAAGGGCGACUCACAUUUCCCUUGGCACUCGCUGUCAAAUCUAUCCAAGAUCAGACAAGACUUGGACGUUUGGGCGUCGGGCACAGAUGGCGUUUUCGCCACGACAGAUGUUCUGUUUGGUCAACCCGACUCAACCGUACUCGUCUUGUGCAAACUAAUCUACCAUCUCAUUCACUGCUUGAUCUACAGACCUUUCCUCCCCAUCAGCCUCGCCGAGUUAGCCGGAAACGGACAGCACCAGUCAUGGCAGAUUGAGGCCACCAACAUGUGCUUCUUCCACGCAAAUGCCAUUACGGAGCUGGCAGAAAUGGGUAGGCAGAUGCAGACCAUUGAGUGGCCGUCAUUCGUCGGCUACUGCAUCUGCACCGCCGGUACCGUUCAUAUCCACGGCGCACAUUACGGCAAGCAAGGCACCAGCGGCGAGAUGAGCGCCUUCUCCGCCUCCUCAGAUUUCUUAUCACGCGAGAUGCAGUUCCUGAGCGACCUGCGGUUUACGUGGGCCAUUGUUCAGCACCAGCGAGAUAUGCUGCGACGGCUGUACGAGGCUCAUCGAGAGCUGGUCAAGACGCUUACCGCAAGCGCAAUGCGAUAUACCCCCGGCUUCCAGCUCGAAGACUUUUUCGACAGAUAUUCCAACAUUGGAGGGCCCGGCGGACCAACUUUCCAUUUCGACACGGCCAAUCUUAGUUUGGCGGAUGAGCUGGUUGACUACUCCAAUGAACCGACUCCCUUGUCUGACGUGCAAUCUCCGUGGCCCACGGAAAACAGGCCGAGCCAUAAACGCAAGAAUACGCCGCAACCUUCCCUCCAGGGCAUUCCUCUACCCCUCACUCCUACCAUGUCGGUGACGAGCUAUCCCCGCCAAACUAUGCCAAUGCAGUCAGGGUUGAUGGCCGCUCCGUCAAAUCCUGCAGUUGCUGCCAUGGCCGAGAUGAUGCCCACGCACCUGGAUCCUCAACAGCAACAACAACAUCACAUGAGCGCCAUGCGCAGCUCUGUCGACUCUCAUCCAGCCAUGGGCGGCUUUGGCCUUUCACAUCCUGCUCAUCCGGGCCCAGGAGGCAUGGCUGCCAUGGGCGGCAUGGCAUUUAGUCCCACAUUCACUUACAACCUCGCAUCUUCCCAGAACCCAUCCAACAUUCCUCAGCAGCCAGCCAUCAACGAUACCAGCGGCGGAUUCGACAUCAUGUUUGGAACAAUACCUGCCAGUGCCUAUGGCAGUCCUGCGACAUGGCAAGCGGGAGUUGGCCAGGCCACUCCGGGCGCGACGGCUCCUAGCCCGAGCAAUAAGAGCCACACGGGCAGCACUGGCACGACGGGCGACGAGAAGGAUCCCUUUAUGAGCUUGUUGGAACAACUUGCCAAUGACGAGCAGAGGCAGAACAGUGGGCUGAAGAGCGAGCUCGAUUUCUUCUUGUCGGGC